CAGUAACUUCUCUAAUGCAGAACAGGACAAGCAAUGUUGUCAAGGAUUUCCCCACUGAUGUGAAGAAAAUCCAUUUGGUAUCCGAAGAUGAAGAGGGUACUUUUCCUGGUGCUAAUCUCCUUCUGUUGGGCUGAUCAUCAUGGCAGUAACUCCCCAGUGUACACUGACAGGAUCAUUCACGUCCAUGCAGAGAAUGGGCCUCGUCUUGUGGUGGAGGUAGAUCAAACUAAAGUCAUCUCUCAUCGAGGCGGUAAUGCCACACUGCCAUGCAAAUUUCAUCAUGAAUCAGUGUCAGCAGGAUCACUUUCACACAAAAUUCGAAUCAAGUGGACCAAACUGACUUCAGAUUACCUCAAGGAAGUGGAUGUCUUUGUUUCAAUGGGGCACCACAAGAAGACCUAUGGCAGCUACCAGGGCAGGGUUUACCUACAAGGAUCAAGUGCAAAUGAUGCUUCACUAGUUAUCACUGACAUUACACUGGAAGACUAUGGUAGAUACAAAUGUGAAGUCAUUGAAGGACUGGAGGAUGAUACCGCUGUUGUGUCAUUGGAUUUACAAGGUAUUAUGUUUCCAUUCUACCCCCGGCUUGGCCGGUAUAAUCUGAACUUUCACGAGGCCCAACAAGCCUGUCAAGAUCAGGAUUCAAUAAUUGCCUCCUUUGAUCAGUUGUAUGAUGCAUGGAGGUCUGGGCUGGACUGGUGUAAUGCAGGUUGGCUAAGCGAUGGAUCAGUACAAUACCCAAUCACAAAUCCUAGAGAACCCUGUGGCGGUAAAAACACCGUCCCCGGAGUUCGAAACUAUGGUUAUAGGGACAAAGACAAAGGCCGAUAUGAUGUCUUCUGCUUCACAUCAAAUUUUAAAGGUCGUUUCUAUUACCUAAUACAUCCAGUGAAGCUGACUUAUGAUGAAGCCGUACAAGCCUGUAUCAACGAUGGAGCUCAGAUUGCUAAAGUAGGCCAGAUGUAUGCCGCAUGGAAGCUACUUGGUUACGAUCGUUGCGAUGGAGGAUGGCUGGCUGAUGGCAGUGUUCGUUACCCAAUCUCAAAACCAAGAAGACGCUGCAGUUCCAAUGAAGCAGCCGUGCGCUUUGUUGGUUUCCCAGAUAAAAAGCACAAGCUAUACGGUGUUUAUUGUUAUAAACCAUAGAACUAUAGCGACCUAAGAACACACACCAGUAUUAACAAAGUCAUUGAGAACAAACAUGUGAAACAUUUUAUUUGAAAGUGAACUCAUGCAAGCUAUAAAAACUGUGAUAAAACGUUUUACUUACUGUAAAAACAUUGGCAAACAUUCAUGUCAUUGCCUUUAUUUUCUUUUCUUUUUGAUA